GCCGCCCCCCGCGGGCCGCCGGCGCCGCCCGAGCCAGCCCUCCGCGCGGCCUCUCCCGACCCCGCCGCCUGGAGGAUGAGCGUCCUCGGGCCGCCCGGCCGGUGGGGCUGCCGGUGCCUGCCGCUGCUGGUGCUGCUGCUGGGCGCGGAGGGCGCCACCCGCUACCGGGCCGGCGACCCGGUCCUCCUGUACGUCAACAAGGUGGGGCCGUACCACAACCCGCAGGAGACCUACCACUACUACCGGCUGCCCGUCUGCUGCCCCGAGGAGAUCCGGCACAAGAGCCUCAGCCUGGGCGAGGUGCUGGACGGCGACCGCAUGGCCGAGUCCCUCUACGAGAUCCGCUUCCGGGAGAACGCGGAGCGCCGGGUCCUGUGCCAGCUGCGGCUCAGCCCCGCGCAGGUAGAACAGCUGCGCCAGGCCAUCGAAGAACUGUAUUACUUUGAAUUUGUUGUAGAUGACUUGCCCAUUCGUGGCUUCGUGGGCUACAUGGAAGAAAGUGGCUUCCUGCCACAUAGCCACAAGAUAGGACUCUGGACCCAUUUGGACUUCCACCUGGAAUUCCACGGAGAUCGAAUCAUAUUCGCCAACGUGUCCGUGCGGGACGUCAAGCCCCACAGCUUGGACGGGUUAAGACCGGACGAGUCCCUCGGCCUCACCCACACUUACAGCGUGCGGUGGUCUGAGACCUCCGUGGAGCGCCGCAGCGACAGGCGCCGCGGGGAUGGCGGGGGCUUCUUCCCCCGCACGCUGGAAAUCCACUGGCUGUCCAUCAUCAACUCCAUGGUGCUCGUGUUCUUACUGGUGGGAUUUGUGGCUGUCAUUCUCAUGCGUGUGCUUCGGAACGACCUGGCUCGGUACAACCUAGACGAGGAGACCACCCCUGGAGGAUCCAGUGACGACUUUGACCAGGGUGACAAUGGCUGGAAAAUUAUCCACACUGAUGUCUUCCGCUUCCCUCCGUGCCGUGGUCUGCUCUGUGCCGUGCUGGGUGUGGGCGCCCAGUUCCUGGCCCUUGGCACUGGAAUCAUCGUCACAGCGCUGCUGGGCAUGUUCAACGUGCACCGGCACGGGGCCCUCAACUCCGCAGCCGUCCUGCUGUACGCUUUGACCUGCUGCAUCGCCGGCUACGUGUCCAGCCGCCUCUACCGGCAGAUCGGAGGCGAGCGUUGGGUGUGGAACAUUAUUCUCACCACCAGUCUCUUCUCUGUGCCUUUCUUCCUGACGUGGAGCGUGGUGAACUCAGUGCACUGGGCCAACGGUUCCACACAGGCUCUGCCAGCCACCACAGUCCUGCUGCUCCUGACGGUGUGGCUGCUGGUGGGCUUCCCCCUGACUGUCAUCGGAGGCAUCUUCGGGAAGAACAGCUCCAGCCCAUUUGACGCACCUUGUCGCACCAAGAAUAUCGCCCGCGAGAUCCCGCCCCAGCCCUGGUACAAGUCCACUCUGGUCCACAUGACGGUGGGAGGCUUCCUGCCUUUCAGCGCCAUCUCUGUGGAGCUGUACUACAUCUUCGCCACAGUCUGGGGUCGUGAGCAGUACACCCUGUACGGCAUCCUCUUCUUUGUCUUCGCCAUCCUGCUGAGCGUGGGCGCCUGCAUCUCCAUCGCGCUCACCUACUUCCAGCUGUCGGGGGAGGAUUACCGCUGGUGGUGGCGGUCCGUGCUGAGCGUCGGCUCCACCGGGCUCUUCAUCUUCCUCUACUCGGUUUUCUACUAUGCCCGGCGCUCCAACAUGUCGGGAGCGGUGCAGACGGUGGAAUUCUUCGGCUACUCCUUGCUCACCGGUUACAUCUUCUUCCUCAUGCUGGGCACCAUCUCCUUCUUCUCUUCCCUAAAAUUCAUCCGUUACAUCUACGUGAACCUCAAGAUGGACUGAUGGUUUCCUUCCCCCCCUUCCCGCCCGCGGGCCCCUCCGCCAGCCUCUCCCCACCGACGUGAGGGCACUGCUGCCUUACUGUCGGGGAAACCGCGAGUCUCUAUUCUAUAAGAAAUAUAUAUUUGAGCUUUUUCAGUC